GUCACACUGUAUAUGACGUGCAGAUGGUUUUGAAGCGCAGCGGCAAGAAAAAAAAAGAUAAAUAAAUUAGAAGACAUGUCAGCACGGGAACCAUAAACGCCUGGUAGCAUAACCACCUCUAAAGACUGUACAUCAGCAUCCAAAGCAUACGGACAGGACACAGGAAGUGCAGGAACGGAACACUUGGUGCUGGAGGAGGGAGCGACGCCGCAUUCCACUACAUUGAUUUUUCGUGGUGGACGCCACUCCAAUUGGCUGGCACGACGUUCGGUAACAACUGCUGGAAUUUUAAGUGUGCCACCAGUCAGCCAACAUGAGCGGCGACGAAGGCGGCUGCAGCGAAAAGCAGACCCUGAACCUGUCCAGGCAAAAGCUGAAGAAGGUGCCCAAACAGGAGGAUGCACACAGCAUACGCAAGCUGAUACUGGACGAGAAUGAGCUGCAGAAAAUCGACAACAUUGACUCGUACCUCAAGAUCGAAACGCUGUCGCUGGCGAAGAACCAAUUGCUGCGCAUGUAUGGCGUCUGCCGGCUGCACUGCCUGCGCGAGCUGAACCUCUCCUUCAAUGGCAUCCUCUCCAUCGAGGGCCUGAAGGAUUGCCAGCAUUUGCGAGUGCUCAAUUUGGAGGGCAACAACAUCAAGACCAUCGAGCAUCUCAACACGAAUGUGGCGCUGGAGUGCCUUAAUCUAGCGGAGAAUAGCAUCACCAGCAUAUCGGAUAUCUCAUAUUUGUGCAACCUCAAGGAGCUCUACCUGCACGGCAAUCGUCUGAUGCAUCUGCGGCAGUGCGACAAGUACUUGCCCACUUCCCUGGAGACUCUGACGCUGGCCAAGAACAACAUCGAUGACUUGAACGAGAUCUGCACGCUGUCGCAUCUGAGCAAUCUGCUGAGCCUCUCCAUUACCGAUAAUGGCUGUGUGAACAUGUCCCUGGGUCCCAAUAGUGUGGACGGCUUUGACUAUCGACCUUUUGUUCUGAACUGGUGCAUGAGCCUCAAGUGCAUCGAUGGCUAUGCGGUGGAUCCCAUCGAGAGCCUCAAGGCCGAGUGGCUGUACAGCCAGGGACGUGGCCGCCAGUUCCGUGUGGGCGAGCAGCCCGCUCUGGCCAAGCAUUUGAGCACCUUUUGUCCGCUGGUGGGCAAGGCCUUGGAGAACGAAGACGAUCGCAAGCUGCGCCUUAUCCUAAGCAAGGCGCAGCAUCAUCAGCGCCAGCUGCAGGAGGAGAUCAUGGACAAUGCGAAUACCUCGGCCAGCACUUCACCCUCAUCCCAUCGCCGGAAGCCCACCAGUCGCAUACAGUCACCAAGAUUCUCGCGGUUGAGUGGCCGCCAGGGCUCGCCCGAGUCCAUGGCGAAUAGCUAUCAUGGCAACAGCAGCAGCAAUAGCAGCAUAAACGAUAAUGGCUCCGUCAAUCAUUCGCUGCAGAUGAGCAUUUCGCUGAUCGAGAACAUCAAGAACGAUGGCGACUUCUCGCUGGCCGGCAGCGGUAUGUCCAGCAGCGUGACCACCAAGACCUACAACUCUACGGAAUCAACGCCUCGCAAUAUAACGCCAAAUCCCUACAAUGAUCAAACAUUCCUUAGUCAACCGCCUGCGGGUGGUCCCUUGGCUGCUGCUUCGAAAAUGGUGCCCGUCCCGGAGACUCUGAUGAGUCCCGAUGUCUGUCCCGCCGCCGUUGCCCAACGGGUGACGGUCAGUGCUCUCAACUCGCAGCUGCACAAAACGAAAAUCAACAAAAACAAAGACAACAAAUUGAACUUGCCUCGUGUGCGCAGCCCCCUGCUGAAGCGUACACAGAGUCCCACGAGCAGUCCACGCAAGGUGGCCGCUAGAACAACAGACCGAGUGCAGCAGCAGCAGCAGCAACAGAUGACAGCAACAUCGACAACAACGACGGUGGAUUCGGGCGGUUUCAGCACAGAUGAUGACGAACAGAUCAACAUUGACAAAUUGACGACCAUUAGGAAGAUGGCUGCGCAGAGGAAUCAACAGCAGCAGCAGCAGCAGCAACAACACCACCAACAACAGCAGCAGCAGCAGCAGCAGCUGGUGGACAACAGCAAUCAGAACUGUGCGGAUCGAUUGGUAGAGCACAUGACGGAGUCAUCGGCGGUAAUCAUACAAAAAAUGUGGCGUGGCUAUUAUACGCGCAAGAAAUACAAUCCCGAUAUUGCCGAGAAGCUACAGAGACGCCGCGUGCAGGAGUACAUUGAACAACUCAGCAAAGACAUGCGGGUGACCAAGGCGCAGCUGGAGAACGAGCGCAAGAUCCAACAGCUGCAGAUGCAGGCCAUCAAUGCGCUGUGGAAGAAGGUGUCCAGCAUGCAUGUGGAUCCAAAGGCAGCAGCAGCACCAGUCGCCGCACUCCAUUCCACAGUUUCGGGCGAGGAUGUCAGCGGCGGUUCUGCUCCCGUGAGUCUUGAUCAGAACUCUGCCUCUGUGGUCAACGAUCUGGCCCAGCGAUGUACCCUGCUGACGGACCAGGUGCAGCAGCUGCAGAGCUCGAUCGGAACGAUUGUCAACUGCCUGACAAUGGUGUGCAAUCUGCCACAGGAUGCGCUCAUUAGCAAGCCUGAGCAAGUGACGCAGGAGUCCGUGCCGGAGCAGCGCGACUGCAGCUCCACGCAAACCGAUCUGAUUGCCGUGCACACGCCACAGAUGGAGGACCUAACGAACUUUCCCUUCACCAAACCGCGGCCAUCCACACUGGCGUUGGAGUCAAAGAUUGAGGCGUUGCCUUUCAAGCAGCUGGAGCUGGACGAUGGCGAGCAAAAGGAGCAUGAUGAAUCUGUGGAGGCGGAUGCAUAAAUACCAGCGAGAGAGAGUGCCAGCUAUCAAAGGAAAUCCCAGUGAAUAAAACGCUUUAAGAAUCGAUCUCAACGCGCAUUAAUUAAUCGUCUAGGCUUCAUGUAGCUUUUGCAAGCAAUUUUCAAUUUAGUUACCACAUUUAGACUAGCAGCAGCCACAAGAACAACAAUUAACUCGUAGUGACCCAUCUAUAUUAUUUUGUUACAUUUUAAAAGAUGGGCAAAAAGUAAGCAAAUGAUAAGAAAAAGAUUAAAAAAAUAUAC